AUGCCAGUUACAUUGCAUUGUUUAGCUGAUGUCUGCUUAAUUCCAAUUGGUACACGUUCAGCGUCUGUUUCAGAUGAAGUCACAGCAAUAACUAGACUUGCACAAGAAUCAUCUCUUAAAACGGUGUUACAUUCGGCAGGAACUACAAUUGAAGGUCCAUGGAAUGAAGUUAUGGAUUUAAUUGGUCAAAUGCAUCAAUUAUUACAUGAUAAACAUAAUGUAGUUAGAAUCCAAAGUGAUAUUCGUGUAGGUACAAGAAUUGAUAAGAAACAAUCUCCUCAAGAUAAAAUUGAUGUUGUUCAACGUAAAUUAAAAGAACAGUAG